UUCCACAAACUUCGCUUUUUCAUUAAUAAUUAAUAGAUCCUUGCCACCUAAAAGUCGAGAAAGAUGGAAAAAUGCAUUAUAAGAACAUCAAAUCUACAAGGGCAAAUAUGAGGAGGUCUAAUCGACCUGUAAUCACUCGUGAGGGAAACAAGAAGCAGCACUCGAUCAUGGUGGAAAGGCUCUCUCUUCUUCGACUGUUAUGCCUCCUCCUCCUCCUCCUCCUCCUCCUCACUUGUGUUGGCGUCGCAGAAGGCCGCAAGAAUCACGUCAGUUGUUCUUCGUCGUGCGGGCAUUUGCAUGAUAUCCACUAUCCUUUCCGUUUGAAGAGCGAUCUGCCGCAGUGUGGAUCCCCAGACUACGAGAUUCUCUGCGACGGCGGCAAACCUAUGCUGGAGCUGGGGACGGCAAAGUACUACGUAACCAACAUCUCAUACACGAACCAGACUAUCAGUGUGGUUGAUCCCGUGUUUGUAGAUGACAAGUAUUGCCUUCUUCCUAUCCAAUCUCCACCUGCUAAUUUAUCGCAUUUGUAUUUCAACGUCGGAGACAACGGGGCUCUCUUUGCGAACUGCACGAGGCCAAUCGACGACGACAUGUACCGGAGCGUGCCUUGCUUGAGCAGUAACAACACAUUUGUCUACGUAGUAGUUGAUACCGGGGAAUUCUCUGUGGAAUCUAUUGAGCCCUCAUGCGGAUUUCUGGCCUGGAUUCCUAUGCCCGUCGAUCAUGUCAUGAACCCGACCGCCACCGAUGUCUUUGAGCUCUUGAAAGAAGGAUUCACACUUUUGUGGGAUGUAGGCCCUGGAUCAAAAUUUGCCAUAAUAUUAACGGAUGUACGUGAAUGCUUAGAAAGAGCAAAAAGCAAGUUCGCGAAUUUGACCCACAGCGAAGGGCUUCUCUUCCUUCCAUACUUGUUGGUCAAAAGCGAGGCCAAUUUCUUAGACUGUAUGAACGAUAGUUUAAGCAGCAAUCAUUAUUUUCGCUAUGCGGUCGCUGUGGUUGUCGUAAUAGAGAUUGUGCAGCUUUUACUAGCAUUAUGGAUGUUAGGGAGGUUCGUUUUUGCACCAAUUUCACUUCUCAAUUUACUGGCUUAUAAGUUAUGGAUCAGUCAUGUGUCUAUUGACAUUGUAGAAAAGUUUCUCCGAGACCAGCAAAUGCUCUCAACUAUGAGAUAUUCCUACACUGAUAUUAUUGCAAUCACGGGCCACUUUCGAGAGAAGCUAGGACAAGGAGGAUUUGGGUCGGUCUUUAGAGGUACACUCUUAAGUGGCCAACAUGUUGCCAUCAAGAUGCUCGAAAAUUCUCAAUUCAAUGGAGAAGACUUCAUCAAUGAGGUCUCAACAAUUGGCAGGAUUCACCAUGUAAAUAUAGUACGGCUUAUUGGUUUUUGCUCAGAAGGAUCAAAGAGGGCACUUGUUUACGAGUACAUGCCUAAGGGAUCAUUGGACAAGUAUAUCUUCUCGGCAAGAGGAACUAGUAAUAGGCCCUUUUCCUGGGAUAAGCUCAAUGAAAUAGCACUUGGGGUGGCUCGGGGUAUCGAUUACUUGCAUCGAGGAUGUGACAUGCAGAUUCUACAUUUCGACAUCAAACCACAUAAUAUUCUCCUAAACCAACAUUUCAACCCCAAGGUUUCAGAUUUCGGACUCGCAAGGUUGUACCCAAAGGAUUAUAAUCUUCUUUCUAUUAGUGCAGCAAGAGGGACCAUUGGAUAUAUUGCUCCGGAAUUGGUAUCGAGGAACUUUGGGAUUGUAUCUGACAAAUCUGAUGUCUAUAGUUUUGGAAUGCUAUUAUUGGAGAUGGCGGGAGGCAGAAGGAAUGUGGAUCGAACGAUGGAAAAUACAAGCCAAGUUUACUAUCCUUCUUGGAUCUACGAUCAACUUUCACAGAACAAAGGGAUCAAUGAAAUAAAUAACAAUAUUGAGAUUCAUGAAAUAGAAAGAAAGUUAUGUAAAGUAGGGUUAUGGUGCAUUCAGAUGAAAUCGUCAAAUCGCCCUUCUAUGGACAAAGUUGUAGAGAUGUUGGAAGGGGAUACAGAUAACUUGCAAAUGCCAUCAAGGCCUUUCUUUGCAUCCUCAGAGCCGACCUCCGCAAGGCAGCCUUCCAUGCAAUCCACUUCAACAGAAUUAUCGAUCAUUUUUGAGCAAGAGGACUAUCCGAAUUCGGACAAAUAAGGGAUGUAAAAUUUGUUAGUUCAGUUACUCAAAGCUAAGUUGCUGUUGUGUGGAGCAACUCAAUUAUAUUCAAUGAUUUUUAGAGCAUUUCAUGGCAA